AUGUCCAUCUCCAUCCAAUUAUCCAAACCAUUCUUUCAUCCAGGUGAACUUCUUCAAGGAAACGUUGUUGUUUCUCUCCGUCAACCAAUCCAAGCUUCCAGCAACUUGUCUCUCACAUUCAAAGGAAAGGAAAGAACCAAAUUCCUCAUCAUUGAUGAUGACAUUCAAUUAGGAUACAAAAGCAGAGUGAGAACUGAAACACACAUCUACAAGAAGAAUGGUAAAAAGACACUCAUUAAUUUGCAAACCAUUGCUGGAACAUUCACAGGUGGAAUUGCAGCAGGUGAAUAUUCAUUUCCCUUCCAAAUUGCAUUACCAGCUGAAUUACCUCAAAAUUCGAAUAUUACAAUGAAAGGUCUUCAAGAUACUUACAAAGGAGCUAUCGUGUACAAACUCAAGGCAAUUUUAGGACAUCAAUUUUGUAAAAUCUUCAUUCCAAUAGCUCCACACAUUAUUCCACAACCAUUGAAUGAUUCAAAUGAAAAGACAUUCCUUUUCGGAGGUAGUGGAAAGUUGAAAAUGAAGACUGAGAUUCCAAAGAAUGUUUUCCAACCAGGUGAAAUGGUUCCUAUUAAGGUUAGCAUUGAAAAUGAAUCAAAGAAAGACGUCGAUUCUCUUAAAGUUAAACUAAUGAGAACUGCCACUAUUUGUUCUGAUGACCAGACUAUUGAACAAGGUCCAGAUGAAGUACACAGAAUGGAAUUUGAAGGUGUUCCACAAAAAUCAAAAGCCGAAAGAAUGUUAAAUUAUGAAAUUCCUAAAAAGACGACACCUUCCACAAAUGGAAAAUUAUUGAAAGUGAAAUAUCAUUUGGAUAUUGAAUGUGAUGUUGCUAUGGCCAUUGACUUGGAGGUCCAUCCAGUUGUAGAAAUUGUUUACCAACCUCCAUGUGUAGAACACAAUAUUUCAUUCUAUGAAGAUUUACCAAAAAAGUGGAAAGCUUUAUUCUCUGAAACUAAGGAAGAAUCAUUUGAUAAGGUGGAUAGAAUGAUAUUUGGUAGUGUUUCUGAGGUUUUACUUUAA